AUGCCGAUCCACUGUGACUUAAUAAGUCCCACUGAACGUCCUUCCCACUGUUACAUGCUCGACAUUCUGCAAACACUGUCUCCUGCUAAUCCAGGAUUUCACAAGAUUCUAAUCACUAACGAGUAUCCUCGCUUUCUACAGCUUUAUCGUAAAACUACUGCUUUACUCCUUCAAGGACACGUUCUACUGUCUUCUGUCUUCCUGCCUUUGUACAUCUCCGGAAGUGCUUCUACGACUGACCUAGAUGCGGUCACCAGAUUGACACCUCUUUGUCGACCCAGUAUUCCUAGAGUGGGUAAUUUAGGUCCUCAUCUCCGUCCUCAGUCUUAUCCGUCUCCUGUAUCAUGGACGCCUUCUGACGACUACCGCUCCUUCCAGCAGCGCGAAAUGCGUGAUAUCGGUUGCUACAUCGAACGAUCCCUUGCAAAUAACGUUUACAUACCCUUAUUCCAAGUCAACACCAUUCCGUGUCGUGUUCAUUCUGUGGUUGCUCUGAUGAAACUACGUCUCAUUUUUUCUGCAGUUGUCCUCACAAAGUCGUACUGUGAACGCUGGUUCUCCAUAAGCUCAUUCCAGGAUUAUCCUGCUCACUUACUCAAAUUGAACAAUCCAUGCUAA